UCGCAUCAUAAAAGAUCUCCGAGGUCGAAAAUGAAGGCGUGAGCAGCCAGGUGUUUAUCAACUCUGAGCUUUUGGAGAGUGAGAACAGUGUCUUUCACUGUCUUACAGGAUGAGCUCCAUAACUCGGUUUUGGUCGAAGGUACGAAAGAAAUACAGAUGUGAAAAUGUGCCUCCUUCAGAACCUGGACCAUCCACAGAAAGAAAGCUCAAGAGUUUAGCAGAGAAAAGAGUGAGAGAUCCAAACACAUUAAGUUCAGUGCUGCUUGAUAAGGGAGAUACAAACAGCAAUCCAUCUGAAGAUAGCACGAAGAUCCUGGAAGUAACUUCACCUAAGCCAAAGAAAAAGUACACUCAGACUCAAUAUGAGGAAAAUACAAAGAGCACUAAGACAACAUCUGAGGAAGAAACAAAGUGUCUGACUCCUACUAUCACAGCUGAGGAGCUAUGCACUCCUGUCGGGUUGCCAAAUUUUGGAAACACCUGCUACAUUAACUCAAGUUUGCAGUUCCUGUUUAGUGCUGAUGUUUUCUGCAGAAAGCUCUCCAACAUCAUGGAAAAUUAUUUGAACAGACCAGAAGCUACAUUCCUCAGUUGCUUUGUGAACUUGUGGAAGUUGAGAUACAGUGCAGGAAGUCAAUUUGUCCUCACAAAGGAUCUUCUCCUACUGUCUCUGAUUAAUGAGGUUACAGCUGUCAACCCAAAUUUCAGCAUAUCUGAGCCAAAUAAUGGAAUUACAUUCAUCUGCCAGUGUCUAGAACAAAUCAUUGAGACUGUGCGAAUGCUGGGUUGGAAAGAUGACUCAGACCCUAGAUGUCCAGUCGGGUCUAAUUUUGACAUCAAGAUUAAGAAAGUUAUAAAAUGCUCCAGAUGUGCAUUUCAGCAGAACAUAUUGCAUGAGUGCAAUAUAAUUACUGUGCCCCUGGAAUACAAAUCAGUGGACCAGUGCUUGUACAACAUAUGUCAUGAGCAGCAACAGUUAUGGCAAAAGUGCAAGACUUGUCAAAAUCGACAUGCCAGCUCUAUUUGGAUAUUUCAAACAUUGCCCAGGUUUUUUAUUCUGCACCUGGAAAGGGAAGGAGUGGACAUUGAUGACCAACAAAACAUGCUUAAGGAUCCAAUGGCCAUCCAACCUCAGCUGACUAUAAACUAUACUACACAGAGCCCCAAUGCUUUUUUUUUAAGACUUUCCAAGAUAUUCAGCCCCCGAAAAGAGAAGAACAAAUCCAAGGUCAAAAAAACAGAGAGAAAUAAACUGGACGGAUCAGCCUCCACGUAUCAACUGAUAAGUGUCAUAAGCGUUAUUAUGGACACUAUAGAGGAUGGACAUGGUAUAGUUGAUUGUUACACUCACAGGCCUCCUCAGUGGUGGACCUGCAAUGAUGAGUUGAUCUCUCUCACCACUGAAGAAGACGUGUUACAGAAGAGCUUGUCUAAUGCCUAUUUGCUCCUCUAUGAGAGAGUGAGCACUGGGUGAAGCCAUUCCUGUUCUGUCGGAAGCUGUAUGAGCUCAAUGUUUUUUCUUCAGAUUAAAUAUGAAAAAAAAAAAAAAAUUAUAAUAAAUGAUAAUAAAUUGUG